AUGGAAGAUUGGGCUGAAGAGACUUUGGAGAAAGUUAUGGAGUCCAAGAGCAAUGAGUAUCAAAAGAAUAAACCAACUGAUAUAGUAGAGAUCCGCUUGAGAAGAGAUAAACAAGCUGAACUUAAUCGCAAUGGGGAGCUCAAUAGACUUUCAGUUGCUUGGCUCAAUUUGGCUCAUAUGCAAAGGCAUGGGAAUCUGGCAGGAAAACAACUUCAAAACGCAUGA